AUGGGAGACUAUCUUCAAUCCAUUUUGAAGAACCACACGGCUCAUGCAUGCGAGGGAAGCACACUCACCAUCGAGUGUCCCUUCAGGACGUCCGUGGCCGUCCUGUCUGCUUUCUAUGGACGACGUGUUCCUAAUCAGUAUCUAUGUCCCUCUGCAAACUCUAACGCGACAGUGGAGGAGGAGGACACAGCCUGCACCUCACCUGUUGCUAUCGAGAAAGUUCUGUCCGAGUGUCAGGAUCAGCGUUCCUGUCACAUCCCAGUCUUCAGUCCAGUUUUUGGACAGGACCCAUGUCCACUCACCAGCAAGUACCUCCUAGUCUCCUACAAGUGCAGACCAGAACACCAUCGCACAAGACUGGUGUGUGAAAAUGAGCGUCUGAGGCUGAUGUGUAAAAAUGAGACUGUCCUCGCCAUCUACUCUGCCACAUUUGGACACCUUCUGCACGGCAGUCCCUACUGUCCUCAGGAACCUGCAUCACACACUGACAUGGAGUGUCUGUCACCUUUGGCUCUGAGGAAGGUGUCGCGCAGAUGUCACGGUCGAGCCAACUGUUCAGUCCUGGCUGACAUUCAGACCUUUGGGGACCCGUGUUUCCCCGGCACCAGGAAACACCUGCGGGUCUCCUUCACUUGUGUUCCUCAGUAUCUCCUGGAAGACGUGGGUCGAGGGUCAGUGGAUCCGUUCUUGAUUUCGGACUACACGCACGGUGGAUGGUACACUGGCCCCACCUACAGGCCUCAAAAUGUGCUCUUAACCAACUCUCUGGAGAUCUUUGAAAAAAUAUGGGGUCUACCAGAGAAGGUGGCUCUGUACUUUGUGUCUGGCAUCUGUGCUGGUCUGGUUUUCCUGCUCUGUCUGUUUGGCCUGCGCUCCACACUAGUGAGAGAUGUCAAAGAUCUGGUUUUCGAGCUGAAAGAAUCUCGCAAGGAGCGCAAGGAGCUCAUGGCGGACCUUUACGACGACGAGAUAUCGGACACGUCGUCCUUCUGUCGUCUCACAAAGUCCCACCACACGACGGACAUCUUCAGCCCGUCCACGCUCGCACUAGAGAUGGUUGACCGGGGGCUGGAGCAGAGGCGGGACCUGCCCAACGGAGACAUUUGGCCACAUGAAGACUCCAGCCCUUACGCCAUUCACAUGAUUAAAACCUACAAUAAUUGACAGUGUUCAUGCACUGGUGAAGGUUACAGCACACUCUGCUGUAAAAUUUAGGAUGCAGACAGAUGUAAUGCACAGAUAUUUGUUUUACUUAUCUCUGCGCUCCCUACAUCCUUAAUAAAAUGUCAUGAGACAAAUGCAAGAAGACGUAACAUACUAGUUAAUCAGCUUCACCAUAUUGUUCUGUGAAUUAAUUUCAUCUUUAUUUGUCACCUACAUUUGAGUGUGGGACAAUGAUGUAAAAAUGGUGAGGCCAGUAUAUAGUGUAAACUGUCAUAGAACAUAUUACAGAUGAGCUCAUAUGUAAUAGUGUUGUACUUGGCUGUGUAAUAUUCAACGGUGUUUCUGCUCCACCCCCAAAUAUCACACUAAUUUGGAAAAACAAGUAAUAAAAAAAAAAUCUCACUAACUUCCAACAAAUGGAGGUCAAUUCAAUGUAAUUGAAUUUCCAUAUGUCUGACACUGUCACCAACAACCGACCGUUAUAUUUAUAUGGUCUUUGAGGAGAGAUAUUAGGGCAGUGACAUUGUUGAGAAUGGAGAUUGUACAGGUGUUCCUAAUAAUGUGGUCAAUAAUAAAAGUGUACCAAUGCA